UGUGUGUGUGUGAGAGAAAGAGACAGAGUGAGAGAGACAGAGAGAGACAGAGAGAAAGACACCAACCAGCCAACCAGCCUGAAUGUAGAGUUUCAUCCUCUCUCUCAUGGACUUGGAUGUUCCUCGGAUUGACCUGUGUGUGAGUGUGUGUUUGUGUUUCUGUUGAAGGGCUCUACAGAGUCUGAGUAAGAGUGUGUGUGUGUGUGUGUGUGUGCGUGUGUUUGAGUGUGUGUGGCAUUGAGUGCGUAUGUGUUUCACCUGAGCAGCUGCAAAGGGUCUGUGACGCUUUCGAGCAUUCGUGUGAGGGCACUUCGUGUGUGUGUGUGUGUGUGUGUGUGUGUGUGUGUGUGUGUGCGUGUGUGUGUGUCCUCUGAUAGCCCAACUUUUCAGUGUGUGUGUGUGUGUCGGAGUGUGUGUCAGCAUGUCUGCGGGUCUGGAGCUGCUGGGCAUCGUGCUGUGCGUCCUGGGGUGGCUGCUGGCCAUCGUGGCCUGCGCCCUGCCCAUGUGGCGCGUGACGGCGUUCAUCGGCAGCAACAUCGUGACGGCGCAGAUCAUCUGGGACGGCCUGUGGAUGAGCUGCGUGGUCCAGAGCACGGGUCAGAUGCAGUGCAAGGUCUACGACUCCAUGCUGGCGCUGUCGCAGGACCUGCAGGCGGCGCGUGCCCUGACCGUCAUCUCCGUCCUGCUGACCGUCCUCGCCGUGCUGGUGUCCAUCGGCGGCGCCAAGUGCACCAACUGCAUCGAGGACGAGGCAUCCAAGUCGCGCGUGAUGAUCGCCGCCGGCGUGCUUUUCAUCGUGUCCGGCGUCAUGCAGCUGGUGCCCGUGUCCUGGUCGGCCAACACCAUCAUCCGGGACUUCUACAACCCGCUGCUGACCGAUGCCCAGCGGCGGGAGCUGGGGGCCGCCCUCUACAUCGGCUGGGCGGCAGCCGCGCUGCUGCUGAUGGGGGGGUCGCUGCUCUGCUGCUCCUGCCCCCCCCAGGAGAAGAAGUACAACCCGUCCCGCAUGGCGUACUCGGCCCCGCGCUCCGCUCCUGGGGGACCCGCUCACGACCCGCCAGGGACCCCUACGUGUGAGCGUGGCAGGAGGCGAGGCGGGGAAAAACAGGGGAAAAACAAACUCUACACUCUCCACAUGCUCAAGGUGGACAAGGAGUGCUUAUGA